AUGGGAAAGAAGAUCGUAUUUAAUAUAUCUUCUGAGUUUCAGCUCCAGCAGUUACUCGGUGAGGGAGCCUAUGGAAUUGUAUGUAGCGCACGCCAUUUACCAACUGGACAAAUGGUUGCGAUAAAGAAAAUCGAGCCCUUUGAAAGACCACUUUUCUGUCUGCGAACACUGCGAGAAAUUAAGCUUUUACGGUGUUUCCAGCACGAAAACAUAAUUUCCAUUUUCGACAUCCAAAGACCAGCAUCGUUUGAAACUUUCAACGAGGUAUAUAUCAUUCAAGAAUUGAUGGACACUGAUUUGCAUCGAGUCAUUGCAACGCAAACUUUAUCUGACGAUCACAUUCAAUAUUUCGUAUAUCAAAUGUUGCGUGGGUUGAAGUGUCUGCACGCAGCCGAGGUGAUUCAUAGGGAUCUCAAGCCAUCCAAUUUACUGGUAAAUGCAAAUUGCGACGUCAAGUUGUGUGAUUUUGGUUUAGCCCGAUGUGCUGGAACCGGUGUUGGGUCCAAGAAUGGAGACUCUGGUCAAAUGACGGAAUACGUGGCCACGCGGUGGUACAGGGCGCCAGAGGUAAUGUUAACGGCAGCUGAAUAUACUUUUGCAAUGGACCUAUGGUCUUGUGGAUGUAUUUUGGCGGAGCUUCUUUUACGAAGACCGUUAUUCCCAGGCAAGGAUUAUCGACACCAACUGUUACUUAUUUUCCAGGUGAUUGGCUCGCCCACAUCUAAGGAUCUAGAAUGUGUGCGUUCCAAACGCGCGCUGCAAUACUUGAGCACUUUGCCACGCUACCCCAGUAAUCGAGCGUUAAGGGGCUUGUUACCAGAAGCAAACCCGGAAGGCAUGGAUUUGUUAGAGAGGAUGUUGGUAUUUGAUCCGCGGCGUCGAAUCACUGCUGCUCAAGCACUAAAGCAUCCUUAUCUGAAAGCGUAUCACGAUCCUCACGAUGAGCCUGCAACAACAAAAGUAGAUCCCGAGCUUUUCACAUUUGACGAACGGAAGGAUCGACUGGGAGCGGGAGACUUGAAAAGACUGCUGUGGGAUGAGAUUUUUGGUGUACGAAACGAUGAAUAA